UGGACGAGUCUAAUGUUGAGACUUCAAAGCUUACGCAUUCAGACGGAAACUCUAUAAAUGGCUCCAAUAACUUAAUUUUAUACUUAACGGAAACUCAUGCGCGUGAGUUAACGGUUACGACUGAAACCGAGACGGGUGAGUUGAAGAAGUGGUUAGAAGACACAACUAAAAUUGAUGAAAAUGCAGCAGAAAUCGCGAAAAAAAUCGAUGAACAUCUGGCAUCUAGGACUUAUCUUGUUGGGAAUAAGUUAUCAGCAGGAGAUUUGGCUGUUUUUGCUCGAAUUCAUGGAUAUAUGGCACGUUUGCCAACUCAAAAGAGAUUCGAGAUACCUAACCUGACAAGAUGGUUUGAUUUUAUUCAACACACAGCAGCCGUGGAAGCUGGUCCUAAAGCAGGGUUAAAUUUAAUAGAAAUUGAUUUGGAAGCACCAAAGGUCGCAAAAAAAGUUAAACCAAUAAAUCAGAAAUCAGAAAAAAAAGCAGAAACGUCAAUAACUACUGCAACAGAAAACGAACCUGCAAAAGAUGAUAAAGCGGAUAAAAAGCCGAGAAAAGAAGCUGCUGAAAAAACUCCUAAAAAGAGCGGAGAAAAAAAGGAUUCUAAGAAGGGCGAAAAUAAGAGUGGUAAACAAACUGCGACAGCACCGAUAUCUAUGGUACCAUCAUUGCUUGAUAUUCGAGUAGGACAUAUCGUUAAAGUUGAAAAACAUCCAGACGCUGACUCAUUGUAUGUUGAACAAAUUAAUGUUGGUGAAAAUGAGCCUAGAACUGUGGUUAGUGGGCUAGUAAACCAUAUACCACUAGAUCAGAUGCAGGAUCGUGAUGUA